CAGAAAAGUUGAGGGAAUUUGCUCAUUAUUCAUAAAAGAAUGGUAAUAAUUCUCCACAUAAAGAACAUUUACUAUCCUGUUAUUGCAGCCUUUGGCAUUCCUGCAAACUUACUGGCCAUCAUCAUUCUCUCCAGAGGAAAUUGUGGACUUUCUAAAUGUAUCUCAGUUUACAUGAUCGCCAUGGCAACAGCAGACUUCCUGGUCAUAUUUUUCAAUGUCAUUGUAUAUCACAUUUUGAGUUAUCACUUUCCAAAUUCAUUUCUGUCCUACACUCUUGUUUGUAAGUUCAUCCUGUGUGUCAAUCCUGCCACAUUGGAUAUGUCUGUAUGGUUUACUGUUUUCUUCACAAUUGACCGUUUUGUAACUAUGUGUUGUCAGAAGUUUAAAUCAUCCUAUUGCACAGUAAGAACAGCCACUUUCAUUAUGAUCACAUUCUCUGCCCUGAUUUCUUUGCAGAACAUACCCUUCUGGUUUGCAUAUGACCCUGAGCAAAUAAUUUUCAACACUCUUUGGGGUUGUCAAUCCAAUGUGGCCUUUUAUGCAUCAGCUGCAGGUCAGGCGUACUCCUGGGUGAAAAGUAUUUUAGCUGCAUGGCUGCCUUUUUGUUUGAUAUUACUGUUUAACUCUUUGACAAUCAGGCGUAUUUUAGUAGCCAGCAGAGCUCGCAAGCAACUGCGGGGUCUCAGCAAUGAGAAUAGCACUGACCCAGAGAUGAAAAGCAGAAGGAAAUCCAUAGUUUUACUGUUCAGUAUAUCAAGCAGUUUUCUCCUGCUGUGGCUAACAGCCAUCGUUAACUUUUUAACCAGUAAACUCACAACAACAGUGUAUUACCGAGGUGAUUAUACAGCUCCUACAUACAUUGCCACUGAAACUGGUUAUAUUCUUAUGUAUUUGAGUUCCUGCACAAACACGUGUAUUUAUGCAGCAACACAAACCAAAUUCAGGGGAGAGAUGGAGAAGAUGAUAAAAUAUCCCUUCAUUUUGAUAUUGACUUUGUUUCAAAAAAGCAUUUAAGCCAAAACUUUUUUUUUACCA